CUGUGCGUUUGAUCUUUCCUUAUCGCAUUAUCGAUAAGAUACUUGCCCAUGACGGUGGCGGGGCAGGCAUGACGUGCCAAAAUGCAUGGCAUGGCCCGUGCUUUUGCCCAUUCGGAAGUACUAUGAAGACUCCCAUAAUUACCCUGAAGCUUGUCGCCCCUUUGGAUCUGCUUAGCAAGAAAAAUCCGAUGUCUCCGGGAAAAGAACAGGCGACACAUGUCAAAUUGAUUGGCCAUGUCAAUCCUUCGAAAAGACCAGUUGGAAGCCAAAAUCAAGGAGGAGAACCAACUGAUUCGAAGCGGGAUACUUCGGGACGAGAACCCCCUCGAUCUUAGUGCCGAGUUUGAGGAGUUCCUGCAGGCUUGCCGUCGAGGCGACCUUAAGCGGUGCCAGGAACUGAUAUCUUCUGGAAUCAAUAUCAACAGUAAAGACCAGUUCGAUUACACCCCCUUGGUUAUUGCCAGUCUCUGCGGUCACUAUGAGUUGGUCCAGUUACUGUUAGAGUCGGGGGCCUUGGCAGAUCGAGGUACUUGGGUUGGCGAAAGGACGGUAUAUAAUGCACUGAAUGAUAAGAUACGGAAUCUGCUGGUGUCUUACGACUAUUCAAAGUCCACGGAUCCCCUGCAGCCAUGGGCCUCGCAUAUCACCUCGCUACUCACACGCGAGACACCCAAGACUUCAGACAUCGAGCUCAUUGCGGGCUCCCAGUCCUUUCAGCUGCACCGGUUUCUCCUUUCAUCGAGGACGCCGUAUUUCAGAAGGAAGCUUGCCGAGGCUCCGGAGACUGCAACUUGGAGGUUAUCCCCAGCCAUUCCAGUUGAAGCAUUUCACUUUGUCUUGCGGUACAUCUACCUGGGAGAGCUUCCCAGAGAUGUUGUGGGGCCCGAUAGUUCAACUUCUGAAGAGGAAGUGUUCAAGGGGAUCGACAAGCUCUGCAAACAACUCGAAGUGGAAAAGCUCUGGGAGGCAGUCCUGUCGGGGAAUGACCGUCGACUGGUGCGCCAGCGCUAUCAGGACGAGGUCUCCCGGGCUCAGCAGCAACUGGAAACUUCGUUCCGGGAUAGUGUCUUGAAGCACAAAAUGGUGGUCGAAACCCGUAGGGUGGGCGAGGUCAAGUGGCCUCAUGACAACGCAAUGUUUGCUGAUUGCAUACUCCGAGCGGAUGAGUUCGAAGGAGCCGAGGAAGAGACAGAUGCUCUCUCGCACCUGAAUGGGAUCCCGAUUGGCCCGGCAGCGACGACGCCUCCGCAAGAUGGUCCUCGGAGGCUGAGAAGAUCGGUUCUAUACCCUGUCCACAAAGCCUUCCUCAUCAGGAGCCCAUAUUUCGAGACCAUGUUUUCGAGCGAGUUUAAGGAGGCAAAGGGUUCCGAAUACCUCCACGUCAUCCAGGUGGAUUGUCUUCCCGAAGUGCUCGAGAUUGUCCUCGCAUUCCUUUACACGGAAAAGUCGGACUGCCCCUUAGAGCUGGCGCUAGAUCUGCUCUACACGUCUGACAUGCUUUUGCUGGAUAAGCUCAAGGCCAAGGCCGCUCUCGCCAUCAGUACUCUCGGAAGCGGCAACACCACUGCCUUGGUGGACAGGACCCACAACAGCGGAGGCGUGGAGCCGAAGGACGCCGAGAUGGAGCCGAUCAACGUGUACGAUGUCAUCCACGCUGCGUGGGAUCUCAAAGUACAGCGACUGGAGGAUUUUGCGGCCAGAUACUUGGCUUAUCGGCUUGAGGAUUACAUCGACGAGGCCGAGUUCUCCGAUCUUAUCCAAGAGAGCGCAUCCAAACUCAAGGCACGGCAAGAGACCGACACGAUUGAGCUUCUGGAUGACAUUCGAUACUACCUCUCUGAGCGGUUCCGUCUGCGAUUUGAAGAUGCCGGUCUCGAUGAUCUGCUAGACGACAGCGGCGAGAUCAAUGCCGCACUUGCGAGUGAGCUUCUCGCCAGCGAAGGGGCCGCAGUGGCAAACGGCCAGUCAAACGGCGAGGCAACAUCGAACGAGCAGGGAUCCGCGCCUGCGCCUACGCAAGGGCAAGGAACCAUGAGGACGCUGGAUGGCGAGUUGGCGGAAGACGAGUUUGCCUCGGACGCUAUCAACUAUCAGAUCCUUCUGAACAAGAUAGACAAGAUGCUGGAUCAGCUUAAACUGGAUGCAUAAGAUGAUUGUAUCUACGAAUACAGAUGCGUAGAAUUAGAAAUGGAUAAACAGACUGCCUUUUCUGAAA